AUGUUUAAAAAAGAUAUAAAAAAUAUUUACAUAAAAAAUUACAUUAAGAAGAUAUAUAUUGUUAAAAGACACAAUGAAUGUAAUAAUAUUGAAGAAAAAAAAAGUAGUAUUCUUUACAGAGAUUUCAAUGAUUUUGUAGUCAUUUUAGUAAAUAUAAGAAAACAUGAAAAAACUUUAAAAAAAUUAAAAGAUGACAAAAGUAAACCCGAUUUUUCUAAAAUAUUGCUAGAAUAUUUAGAUUUUUAUGUUACUAAUUUUGGUUAUAAAUUUCACUCUUUUAUUUUAGAAUAUAAAAAUGAGAUGACAACAAAUGAUUUAAGUAAUUGUUAUGUUAUAGAUAAAUUAAAAAAAUGUCAUAUUGAGAAUGUUGUGAAGAAUGAAUAUUCACGAAUUUUAUUUAAAUAUGAUAGUAUCAAAUAUUUGUUGUAUUAUAUAAAAAAACAUAUAAUUUUAUUUGACACCUUUAACACAAAUUUUCAAAAGUUACUAAUAACAUAUUUAUCAUUUUCUUUAAAUCCUCUAAAUUUACUUAUUUUUGUAUAUUUAAAGGUUAAUGAUAAAAAUUCGAUGAAUAUAAUAGAAGGGAAUAUAAAAAACAAAAAUAAAGAAAAUAGACAAACAAUUUGCAAAAAUAAAGAAGUAACAGAAAAUAAUAUAGAUUUAAGCAAAGGAACAUGUAUGAAUUACGUAAAUAAAAUAGAAAAUUUUGAAAAUGGUAAUUUUUUUUGCAAUGAUUUAUACACUUUUAUAUGUAUUUAUGGAGAAUAUAUUACUAAAUACACCAUAAUUAGAUGUUAUAGUGAAAUAUAUAGUAAUAAAAAAUUUAUAAAAGGAAAAUUAAAAAUAUAUUAUUGGAUAAAAAAUAAGAUUAAAAAUGAUUUAAUACAAAAAAUUUGUUCAAUUAAUUGUUAUAAAAAUUUGAAAUUAAAUGAUCAAAUUAAUGAGAAUAUUUUUAAUUUUUAUGAAAGUAAUUUAAAUCAAUGUGUUCAGAAACUUAAAAGAUUCACUGAAAUUGGAUGUGGGUUUAAAAGUGUUAAAAUGUCUUACAAAAACUUUUCUUAUAUUUACGAAUUAGUUUUACUUAUUUAUUUUAUUAGAAAAUGCCUUCUUAAUUUGAAUGAAAAUAUUAGUAUGUUUUCUCAAAUUUUCCUUUAUAGUUUAUAUAAAACUAUAAAAAUGAUUAUUAUAUAUUUAUAUUUCAAUUUACCCAAGUAUUUGUGUCAUUAUUUCUUAAAUAUUUAUUUAAUGUUUUUUAAAAAUAAAAAAAAGCAAGUUAGCAAUGUCUUGAAAAAAAUGAAAAAUACAUAUAAAAAUAUUAUGAAUCAUAUUUAUAUGCAAAGAAAAUUUUCUUUUAGAGAAACAACAAAAAAUUGCAUGAAAAUUAAGAAACCCUUAGAAAGUAGUAAAAACUCAAAUAAACCAACCUUUGUAAAAGUUAAUGUAAAUAAUGUAGAAAGAAAAAAAUAUAAAAAAAUUCUAAGUCUUGUAUAUUUUGAAAGUAAGAAUUAUAAUAAAAAAAAACAAAAUAAGAAUGAAUUAAAUAAAUUUAAAAUUAUUAAUUCAUAUGGUGCUGUUAUACAAUUGAAAUAUAAUAAUGAACUAUUUCUAAGAAAAAAGAAAAAAAAUGAUAAAAAAAAAUUCUUAAAAAGAAGAAAAAAAAAAAAAAAAGUUGGAUUUAUUUACCCUAAUAAAUUUGAAAGCAUGAAAAGAUAUUCAUUGAUACAUAAUAUAAUUUUAAAAAACAGAUUAAAUAAAAAGAGGGAAUUAGAUAAUAAUGGCUUAAAUAUUCGAAAAAAUUAUAUGGAAUAUUUAUUAAACAGAACUUCCUUAAAUAAUUUUAAUGAUAAUUGUAUUUUAAUAAAUGGAGAACAUUUUAAUUAUAAUGAUAAGGUAAAUGUCUAUUCAAAAAAUAGUGGUUUUUACGAGAAAAAUGUAUUAAAUAAAUUAUUUAAAAGUAUAUUUGGUAAUUUAUGUAAACAGAAUAAAUUAAUUUUAGACGAAAAAAGUGAAAAUAUACUUAAUUUAAGUAAUGAGAAUGAUGCAUAUAAAGAAAAUAAAUAUGAGGGUAAUGAAUAUAAUGAAAAUAAGAAUAUCACAAAAAGUAAAGAGAAUAAUGUCGAUGAAAUUAAUGAUAUUUAUGUAAUACCUAAAAAAAAUAUCUUUAGUUUAGAUAAAAUUUGUAUACACGAAAAUAUUCAAUUUAAGAAUGAAAUCAAAUUAAGUAGUGUAAAAUUAUCAACAGACAUAAUCAAUAAAAAUAACUCUAUCAUUAAUUAUAAUAAAAAUGAACUAAAUGAGGAAAAUCAAGAAAGGAUAAAUAUUGAACAAAUACAAAAACAUAAAGAAAAAAUAGACAUAAUAUACAAUAAAGAAAAAGUGGAAAUAGGAGAAAAAAAAGAAAAUGAAAUAGAAGAAAAGCAAGAAGUAGAAGAAAAGCAAGAAGUAGAAGAAAAGCAAGAAGUAGAAGAAAAGAAAGAAGUAGAAGAAAAGAAAGAAGUAGAAGAAAAGAAAGAAGUAGAAGAAAAGCAAGAAGUAGAAGAAAAGAAAGAAGUAGAAGAAAAGCAAGAAGUAGAAGAAAAGCAAGAAGUAGAAGAAAAGCAAGAAGUAGAAGAAAAGAAAGAAGUAGAAGAAGUAGAAGAAAUAAAAGAAAAAGGUGAAAUAGAAGAAAAAGGUGAAAAAGAAGACGAAGAAAAAGAUAAAAUAGAAGAAAAAGAAGAAAAGGAAGAAAAUCAAUUAAAUAAAAUAAAAAAUAUAGAUAAUGACAUUGUUUUAACAUAUGAAAGCAUUGAUAAUAAUUCAAUAGAUGCCAAUGAAAUUUUUAAAAACACCAAAGAAAAAAAUGAUGAUAAUGAAAAUAUAUUAAAAGGGAAAUUUUAUAAUGAUGUUAAUAAUAUAAGGGACAAUAUAAGCAUAAGUUGUAAGAGUGAUGAAAAAUACAAAAGCUAUUUUACUGAAGAAAUGAGCACUUCGGAAAAAUUAACAAGUGAUUGUGAUUAUUAUUUGAAAAUAAAAAAAGAUAAAAAAAAAACAGAUAUAAAAACAGUAGGAUUUAAAAAUAAAAGAAGAAAAACUAGGGGAAAUCAAGAAAAAGAAGAAAAAGACAUUAAAUUAAAUAAAGAAAUUUGCAGUUAUAAAUAUCAAAAGGAUGAAAAAGAAUCCAUUAUUUUAUUAGAAGAAGAAAUCGAAAAUGUAAAGAAUGAAAUAAAAGAAAAAGAAAUAAUAAAUAAAAAAGAAAAUCAAAAUAAUAUAUUAGAUGUAGAAUUAAAAAGUAUAAAUGCAGACAAUGAAAUUACAGAAUGUAAAAAUAGAGAAAUAAUUGAAGAUGAAAAAGAGAAAAACAAAAUAAAUAUAAAAGACGUAAGCAAAUGUAAUAAAGAAGAUAUAUUAAUAGAAAAUGUAGAAAAUAAUUCUAGAUAUUAUAAAAUGGAUAACGAAUAUGAUGAAGAUAAUAUUGAUCAACGAGAUUGUGAAUAUAAAAUAGACAGCAUAUAUGAUGAAAGAAAAGAAGAGAAUAAAUACAUUGAAGUAAAAAUUAAUGAACUAAAAGAAGAUAGAACAUAUAAUGAUAAAUAUAAAAAUUCAUUCGAUAGUUUGCAAAGUGAAAGUAACAAGUUUAAUGAAAAUAAUGAACAAAAUGAAUUAAGUAAUUUCAAUAAAUAUAAUGAAAAUGAUGAACAUAUAAAUAAAAUAAUUGAGCAUAAAGAAGAUAAUCAUAGUAUAGAAGUUGAUAGGGAAGAGUAUAACAGUAGUAAAAAAAAAAAAAAAAAAAAUUUAAAAAAAAAUAUCUUAGGAGAAACAGGUUUAAUUGAAAAUGAUUCUUUAAGUGAUGACACUUUAAAAACUAAAAAUAGUAAAAAACUAAUAUUUAAUUUAUCUUUAAGUGACAGUGGCGAAUCUCUAAUAUUGGAGAGUGUAGAAAAUAAGAAAAUGAAAACUCAUUUAAAUGAUGUAGUAGAAAAUUUUUUUGAUUCAGAUAAUGAGAAUGAUAUAUUGAAAAAAUUAAGUGAAUCAUCAAAUAUAAUUGAAUCAUCCGAAAAAAAAUGUGAUAAAGAAGAUUUAAAAAUAAUAAAUGAAAAUAUUAAAUUAAAACAUAAUUAUAAUGAUGUAACAAAUGUAGAACUAGAUAAAUUGUUUGUAGAUACAUGCGAAAUUUACUUAAAUGAAAAAUUAGCACCUAAAAGAACAAUAUAUAAUAAAUUUAAAUUAGUUAUUAUUUAUUUAUUUGAUCACUAUAUUAUAGGAGGUAUAAACUUAAUCAACCCUUAUAAUUGUGGUGAAAAUGAAAGAUAUAAGCAUUUUACUAAUAUUCAAUCAAAUAUAAAUGACAUAGAUCAUACAAAAAUAUUUAAAUAUAAUGAUAAAGAAUUAAUAGAAGUAUUUAGAAGAAACUCAGAAAUAUUUUUAUUAAGUAAUAAAAAUGAAAAAAGGAUAAUGAAAAUUAUAUCUAAAUGUGGAAAAGGAUUAAAUGGUUCAAUAUUUAAAUGUAAAAUUAAUGAAAAAUUAUUAGCAUGUAAAGUUCAACAUAAACUUAAUUUAGCCAAAAAGGAAAUAUAUUUUUCUUAUUUACUUAAAACAAGAAAGUGCAAUAAAUUUAAUAAAUAUUCAAAGAAUAGCGAUGUAUAUUAUAGUUACAAAAAUAUAUUUUUAGAAAUAUAUGAGCAUGAAAAUAAAUACAUUUUUCCUGAUGAAUUACAUUAUAAGAUGAGUAGCGAGAUAAAUGAUCCCACAAAUGAAAAUGAAAAAAAUGGAAAUAAAAUAAAGAACAUUGAUAAAAAUCAAAAUAAAGAUAAAGGCUUAUCUAUAUUACUAAUGAAUACUCACAAUUAUGUGAUAACCUUAAAUGAAUUAAUAAAUAACUUUAUUAGAAAAAAUCAUAAAUGUGUAAAUGAGGAACUUAUAUUGUUCAUUUUAUAUCAGAUAAUUGUUUCCGUUCUACAAUUACACGUAUUAGACAUAUUACAUGGGGAUAUAAAAAUAGAUAACUUUUUAAUUAUAAAAAAUGAAAAAUUAUGUGAUGAAGGAAGAAAAAACAUAAAUAAUUGUUAUAAAAGUAAAAAGGAAAAAAAAGAUUUUAAUACUCGGAAAAAAGAAGAAAAUUAUAUUUUAAAUGAUGAUUUAAAUAAAUAUAAUAAAAAUACUUUUUUAAAAAAUGAAUUCCCAUUAAAUAUGUUUUUAAUUGAUAUUGGUCGUGGAAUAGAUAUAAAAAAUUUUAAGAAGUAUCUUUUUUAUGGAGAAAAAAAUUGUGACUGUUAUAGUUUUCUAAAUAAUUCUAUUUAUAAUUAUCACAUAGAUUUUAUAGGAAUUGCUCAAAUAGCUAGCUGUUUAUUAUUUUAUAAACACAUAAGUCAUGUAAAAUAUAAAUAUGAGCAAAGUAUCAAUGAUAAAAAUAAUAUUUUAGUUAAUAAUUUAGGAAUAAUAUAUUCAACACAUAAUAAUCAUUUUUAUGAUAAUAAAAAAAGAAGGAAAAAUCAUUCUACUACUAGUAAUAAUAAAUACAACGAAAUUGAAAAUUUUAUAAAAUUAAAAGAAAAUAUAUAUCAAGAAAAAAAGGAAACUAAAUAUAAAAGUGAUAAGGUAAAAAAUAAUCCUGAAGAAUAUAAAAAAAACACAUUACGUGGUAUUCAUAAUGAAAAAUAUUACAAUAAUAGAAACAUUAAUAAAAAAGAACAAAAUCAAGAUUGGUAUCAAUAUAACAAAAAAGAAAAGAAAAUAAAUAAUGCAAGUUCUGAUGAAAAUAAUAAUAAUUUAGAUAAUAUUUACUUAAAAGAUUACUCAAAAAAUAUGUUUAUAGAUGAAAAAAAUUACGAAAAAAUUAAUUAUUAUUUAAAUCAAAUAAAAAAACAAGCAGAAAAUUAUUUCGUUGAAAAAGACAAUAAAAACAAAAUAAAAAAUUUUAAUGUAAAAUUAAUUUUAAAAAGAAAAAAAUAUUCAGAAUUUUGGGAAAUGCUUUUUCAUGUUUUACUAAAUUUUUGUAAUAUUUAUGAAUUAAAUUGUGUUCAUUAUAAUUCUAAUGAUAUAAAUAAAGAUGUUCAAAAAUAUAAUGAUCACAAACUAAUCAAGAAAACGGACAAUUAUUAUUUUGAUUUUGUUAAAAAUAACUGGGAAGAAAUAAAUAAAAAUGAUGAAUGUGACUUUUUUAUUAAAGAAGAUAAAAAAUAUUCCUUUGAUUAUGAUAAGAAUUAUAGUAUUAAGGACUUCAAUGAUAAUAAAAUAUUAUCAAAUAAUUUAUAUUAUGAUAAUAAUAAUAAUAAUAAUAAUAAUAAUAAUAAUAAUAAUAAUAAUAAUAAUAAUAAUAAUAAUAAUAAUAAUAAUAAUAAUAAUAAUAAUAAACAUAUUAGACAUAUCAGUGAUAAUAACACACGAAAGUUAAAUAAGGAAAAUAUAAAGAUAUCACUUAAUGAAGAGAAGGCAGACAAUUCGUCAGGUAUUAUUAAUAAAUAUUUCUUUAUAAAAAAUUCUAUUUCUAAUUUUAAAAAUAUAAAAAAAACAUUGUAUAUCAAUAAAUACAAUGUAGAAAAAAAUAAAAAUAAGACCACUAAUAAAGAAGACUCUAAUACAAACAAAGAAAGUAAGUUAAUAAAUAAAAGAAAAUUAAUUUUUUUUGAAAAUGAACAAAAUAAAACAAAAUGUAGAAAAUUAAAUAACGAAAAAUCCUAUAAUGAAUGUGAUUAUAACAAAGCUAAAAAAUCUACAAAAUAUAUUAAUAAACUAAUGAAGAAAAAGGCAAUAUUCAUUCUUUUAAACUUAAAAAGGAUAAUUGAAAAAAUAUUUGAUGAAGAUGAAGAGAAACAGAGAAUUUUAUUAAGUGAGCUUUAUAAAAUUGCUACUUUUUUUUAA